AUUCAUGAAUUUAAAAUGGCCGCCGUCGUAUCUGCAGCUUACAAUAUGGAGUCUGAUAUCUCGCAGCUGGAAGCUCCAACCUUCUCUACACUAGAAAGGAACAUACCGGCUUCAAUGCAAGCUUUAGAAUGGGACCACCAGGUUAACCUGGUUGGAAAGAAGGUUCUGAACCCUAUGAUCCAUUGUUGUGACCUGUGCUUAAAACCAAUCCUUAUCUACGGUCGGAUGAUACCGUGCAAGCAUGUGUUCUGUUUGGGCUGUGCCAAACAGGAGGAUAAGCAGUGUACUCGGUGUAAAGACAAAGUGACAAGAGUAGAGCAGGCAGGCCUAGGAUCCAUUUUCUUGUGUACACAGGGAGGUUCCAGGUAAUUGAUUAGAUAUUAGAU